CGUUGCGUUUCCGAACGUGAAGCCCCUCCAGGUCUGAAAAUCAUCACCAACGCGUCGCAACCAUCGCUUUUCAUCUCAACCAGACAUUUCACGGCCGCUGACCAAUUUGAGGAGUGCGCCAAAGCGCGGCAUCCCACUCCUCGUCCCCUCAUUUAGGCAACCUCAGGCCAACCACCCCGAUUCCAUCGAGAGGUCACCAGGAGUCGAUCUCUUGUUGAUUGCGCCAAGUUUAACCAUCGUCGCGAGGCUGUCCCAAUCCCCGCCGAUCUGUAGCCAACAACAUUCUAUCAGCGUGACUUAGAUGCUCAAUCAUACCUCACGUCAAUUACCUUGACCCAAGGUUGUCUGAACCGGGCAAAGUCACCACCAGGUGAUCGGACACCAUGGCUUCCGUUCAGUCUGCGCCGGCCAUGCAGACCUCUUCACUACCACCCAAUCUCUCCCAAUCACAGGUUCAAGAAGUCUAUCAGAAAUUCCAGCGCAUGAAGGCCCAAAAUGUCCCCGAAACCGAUCCAGAGUACCUCAAAGCACAUCGAUUCCUCACUGCGGUCCAACAACAACAGAAUUAUCGUAAGAUGGCUGCAUUGCAGGCCCAGAAACAACAACAACAACUCCAAGCUCAGCAGCAACAGCAGCCAACUCCCCAACCAGUGUCACACCCCCAACAGAAUGGACAGCAGAUUAAUGGCAAUGUGACUGCUCCUCCAUCGAACGGAACGAGCAGUGGCCAACAGGAGCCUGCCGCUGUGGUCGUCAACGGCGCAUCUGUCGCAGCCAACCCUCCUGCCACGCCGACAAAUGCCCAAAACUCCGGAUCACAAUCUCAGCGAGUCGUGGCACAGGCUAACGGCAGCUUCACACCCGAGCAACUGAACCUGUUACGGACCCAAAUUUAUGCGUUCAAGAUGCUCUCAAAGAAUCUGGCAUUGCCUGCGAAGCUACAACAACAGCUCUUCCCGUCGUCUAAACAACAGGCUUCAGUGACAAUUGACAGCGCCUCCGUUGUUGAGAAAGCCGAUAGCAUAGCAGAACAGAAAGAGAUCCUGUCGAAAGAACUUAUUGCACAAGCGAAGGUCUAUUUUGACUCUUAUCAGUCACCUUAUGACCUUCUGCACAAGACGAUAAGCCUCGCAGAUCACUCCCAGCGCGCCAAGCGGCAGAAGAUCCCCAGCAUCUUGCCGAUUGGUAUCGAUAUUGACCAGGUCCGAGAAGAGCAAGAGCGGCUUAUGUAUAACCGCAUUCAGGCUCGUAAAACCGAGCUUGCCUCUCAAUCCGUGAAUCUUGCUGCCUGGGACACUAGCAAGUCUUCCGAGCCACAAGCCGAUGAUUCCCUGAAGAUCAAGGCUCUGAUCGAGUUGAAGAAACUGUCCUUGUUACAAAAACAACGGGACUUUAGACGCGAGAUCCAACAAGAUCUGUUCUACUGUGAUAACCUUGCCAUGACGGCCAAUCGCUCGAUGCACCGUAGGAUGAAGAAGCAGUCACUGCGCGAAGCUCGGAUUACCGAAAAGCUCGAGAAGCAACAACGAGAUGCAAGAGAGAACAAAGAGAAAACCCGACAAACGAAUCACUUGCAAUCCAUCAUUGCUCACGGUCAAAACAUCCGCAACAACGCUGUUCUGCAACGCACUCGCGUGCAGAAGCUUGGACGCAUGAUGGUUUCGCAUCACCAGCAUAUGGAGCGCGAAGAACAGAAGCGUAUCGAGCGGACGGCCAAGCAGCGUCUGCAGGCUUUGCGAGCGAACGACGAAGAGACCUAUCUCAAACUUCUUGGACAAGCCAAAGAUUCUCGUAUUACUCAUCUGCUCAAGCAGACCGAUGGUUUCUUGAAGCAGCUUGCCGCAUCUGUCAAACAGCAGCAGCGAAGUGCAGCGGAGAAAUGGGGAGGCGAUGACUAUGUCGAGGAAGAAGAUGAAGAUAUCGAAGGCUCUGAUGAUGAAGAAGGCGAAGGCCGUGAAAAGGUCGACUACUAUGCCGUGGCGCAUCGCAUCAAAGAAGAGGUUAAUGUACAGCCUUCGAUCCUUGUUGGUGGCACCUUGAAAGAAUACCAGAUCAAAGGUCUCCAGUGGAUGAUUUCGCUCUUCAACAACAACCUCAACGGUAUCCUGGCUGAUGAGAUGGGCUUGGGCAAGACUAUCCAGACUAUCAGCUUGAUCACAUAUCUUAUCGAAAAGAAGAACCAAAGAGGCCCCUUUUUGGUCAUCGUUCCACUCAGCACCCUGACCAACUGGAACCUCGAAUUCGACAAGUGGGCUCCCAGCGUGAAGAAGAUUGUGUACAAGGGCCCCCCAAACACCCGAAAGGCAAACCAAAUUGAUAUUCGAAAUGGGAAUUUCCAGGUGUUGUUGACCACUUACGAGUACGUGAUCAAGGAUCGACCAGUGCUCAGUAAGAUCAAGUGGGUGCAUAUGAUUGUCGACGAAGGCCAUCGUAUGAAGAAUGCGAAUUCCAAACUCAGCAGCACCAUUACACAAUAUUACACAACGCGAUUUCGGCUUAUCCUUACCGGCACACCUCUGCAAAAUAAUCUUCCUGAGUUGUGGGCACUUCUCAAUUUCGUUCUUCCAACCAUUUUCAAGUCGGUAAAAUCUUUCGACGAAUGGUUCAACACUCCUUUCGCUAAUACCGGUGGACAAGACAAGAUGGAAUUGAGCGAAGAAGAACAAUUGCUCGUCAUUCGUCGUCUUCACAAGGUGUUGCGGCCGUUCUUGCUCCGUCGUCUCAAGAAGGACGUGGAGAAAGAUUUGCCCGACAAGCAGGAACGUGUCGUCAAAUGCAGAUUCUCGGCCUUGCAGACCAAGCUCUACAUGCAACUAAUGACGCACAACAAGCUCGCUGUCACUGACGGAAAGGGUGGCAAGACCAGUAUGCGCGGUCUUAGUAACAUGUUGAUGCAGCUGAGAAAACUGUGCAACCACCCCUAUGUGUUUGAGCCUGUUGAGGAACAGAUGAACCCUGGUAAAGGCACGAAUGAUUCUAUCUGGCGUACAGCUGGUAAAUUUGAGCUACUCGACAGAGUUCUACCGAAAUUCCUCGUCACAGGACAUCGAGUCCUGAUGUUCUUCCAGAUGACUCAGAUCAUGAACAUCAUGGAGGACUUCUUACGACUUCGUGGCAUUCAGUAUCUUCGACUUGAUGGAGCGACCAAAUCUGAAGACCGAUCUGAACUCCUUCGGCUCUUCAACGAACCUGGCUCGCCAUAUUUCUGCUUCUUACUCUCGACCCGUGCUGGUGGCUUAGGCCUCAAUCUUCAGACUGCAGACACCGUCAUCAUUUACGAUUCGGACUGGAAUCCCCAUCAGGAUUUGCAAGCCCAAGAUCGUGCGCAUAGAAUUGGCCAGAAGAAUGAAGUGCGAAUAUUACGACUUAUCAGCUCUAAUUCCGUCGAAGAGAAGAUCUUGGAACGAGCGCAAUUCAAACUGGACAUGGACGGCAAGGUCAUCCAGGCUGGUAAAUUCGACAACAGAUCUACCAACGAGGAACGUGACGCCUUCUUGAAGACUCUUCUCGAAUCAGCUGAAGCUGCAGAGCAAGUUGGAGAAUCUGAAGAGAUGGAUGAUGAUGAUCUCAACGAGAUUAUGGCUCGUACAGAAGACGAGUUGACCCUAUUCAAGAAAAUGGACAAGGACCGUGAGACGGACGACAAGUACGGUCCAGGCCGGCGUCUGCCUCGCUUGAUGGGUGAAGACGAGCUCCCAGACAUCUACGUGGCGGAAGACAAUCCUGUACCAGAGGAGAAAGAAGAGUACGCUGGUCGUGGCGCUCGCGUCAAGACCCAAGUCAAAUACGACGACGGGCUUACGGAAGAACAAUGGCUUGCAGCCGUCGAUGACUCAGAUGACUCUAUUGGUGAAGCAGCGAAGCGCAAAGCCGCCCGCAUUGAGAAGAGACGGACCAACAAGGCGAAGCGUGAGCGUGCUGCUGGAGACCCCGAAUCGUCACCGGACCCAGAGGCGGAGGGUGAGAGUUCGGACGAAGAACCUGAACCCGAACCUCUACCCCAGCCGAAGAAGGGCCGCCCUCGCAAAUCAGCUGGACAGAAGCGCAAAGGUGAUGACAUUGAAGAGGAAACCCCUCCUGUGAAGCGCAAGCGUGGCAGGCAACCCAAGGCUAUCGAUACGCUCCCACCCUCCGACCGCAAUGCUCUGCAGAAGGCGCUGAAGACGGUUGCUGAGUCGAUCAAAGCGCUGGAGGUUCCUGAUUCGGACCCAGAAGAUCAAUCGGAUGACAGCGAUGACGACGGACCACCCACUCGCUUGAUCAUCGGUCCGUUCUUGGAGCUUCCACCGAAGAAAUUGUAUCCAGACUAUUACACUUUCAUCCAGGACCCAAUUGCCAUGGACAUGAUCGAGAAGCGCAUCAACAACCACCAGUACACGAGCUUGAAUGAACUGAGCAGAGACGUUGCACUUUUAGCCAAGAACGCCAAAACAUACAACGAAGACGGCAGCAUGUUAUACAAUGAUGCGGUUGCAAUUGAGAACUAUUGCAAUGAAGCCAUUGCGAGGCAAAUCAGUCACAACCCAAACCUUGCCACUAUCGGCGAUAGGUCUGGUCAAGAUGGGGAUUCUACCGCUGCAGGCUCAAGCGCAGGGACACCUCGAGCAUCUGUCGCGCCAGCAGGCGGCACUAAGCUCAGACUGACUCUGGGAGCUGUCAGUAAUGGUUUCGGUACCAACGGUACGACGAGCGGAGCAGGAAGCGGAGCGGAAUGAUUGAAUGCACUAUUGUACCAUAGCGAGAUUGGGUUUGGGGAGAGCAAAAAGGCCACAGAGAAGCUUGGGUCUCUAAUACCACAUCUAUUGUACAGCAUGUUGGUGUUUGGGUCGGUGGCUCAACUCAGCAUGCAGUGGGAAUUUCUUGGGUUCUCAGCAUAUGCCAGUCCAGUGGCUGGCUAGUGAAUCGAUUCAUUAUUCGAACCAGGAAUAACUUGUCAUGUUAGCGCUAGAGAUAUUCUAGACGAGGAAGAGGACGUUCUGAUUUGAUCUAUACUCAGAAACCGGAGCAGCACCAAAUGACUAUUUUUUGGAGCGUACCUAUUAGAUUUUGG